CAGAUAAAUAAACAUAAAUUGUGGCGAUGAGCAAUGAUUAUUUUAUACAGAAAGAAUUUCUCGUAAUCUCCUACAUCUCCAUCAUUCUCUCUCCAUUUCUUCACUCUCACUUUCAGUUUCUCUCAUGGCAACUUGUUUCGCCCCGUUAUCGAUUUCAGUUGGUGGAUCUUAUGUGAAGUCACCUGAGCUGUGGUUAACAAAGCGUAAUUCAUGUGGGGUUGGACCUAAGCUCACUGUUCAAAGGAGAUCAAACCUUGUGAGCAGAAGCAAUCGCACUUCAUCAAUUUGUGCAGAAUACCGUGGUAACAGCGGAGGUGGGGGUGGCGAUUUUCUUGCUGGCUUUCUUCUGGGUGGUGCAGUUUUUGGAACUAUAGCUUAUAUCUUUGCUCCCCAGAUCAGAAGGUCUCUGCUAAAUGAAGAUGAAUAUGGGUUUCGCAAGGCCAAAAGACCAAUAUACUACGACGAAGGGUUGGAGAGGACCAGGCAGACCUUGAAUGAGAAGAUAAGCCAACUAAAUUCUGCCAUUGAUAAUGUAUCUUCCCGUUUGAGAGGUGGCAACAACGUGCCUGCAGCGCAGAUCGAAAAUGAUCCUGAGGUUGAAGCUACCAUGUGAGACCUUUCCAGUUUGAUACUGUUAUCAACAAUGCUUUGAAGUAGUGAAAUACAACACAAUUGAUAAACAGAUCUAUGUUUUUUGAUACUGGACUAAUAUAAUUGGAAUGAUUUUGUUUUUACCUUAAUGGAUGAUUUUGUUUCUGUGCAUGAUGCAGCUGGGAUUGUGAUGAAGCACUAUCUCA